AUGUAGUCGAUUCUCUAAAACGAGUGAAUCAAACACAGCUUCCGGAAUCGAAUCAACACUAAUAAAGUUGUGUUGUUUUUAGUGUGACUUGUGGUACAUUUCAUUCAGUUCUUUCAGCCUGGUUUCCAGCUCAGUAGCUUUUGCGUCCCCUCUCUCCAUCUGCCGAUCCGUGAAACUUUGCUUUCUCAAUCAGGACUUCACCGAAAACGAAAGUGACUCCUAACUCUCUCUCUCUUUGUGUACGUGCCGGCUUUAUUUGUCUCACUGUUCAAUAUGUAGCUCGGAAAUGUAAGAAUUUCCAACGCAAACACCCACGUUACUUAAUUAUCUCGUCAUGGAGAGUCGUGCAGGAGCAAACAUGCAGCAGAACGACGAGAAAAGUGUGGAGAAACUCAUGGACGAGCAUCUGAGAGCGAACGGACUCCACCGCAAGAAGAUAGCCAAGGACGGCUCGUGCUUAUUCAGAGCCGUGGCUGAGCAGGUGCUGCACUGUCAGGGUCUACACACCAGAGUCCGGGCCGAAUGUGUAAAAUACCUCAGGCAGAACCGGGACCUGUACGAGUCGUUCAUCGAAGGUGAUUUUGAGGAAUACCUGCACAUGCUUCAGGAUCCUCAGAGCUGGGUUGGACAAGUGGAAAUAAGUGCUCUGGCUGUUCUUUACAAGCACGAUUUUAUCAUCUAUCAGCAGCCCGGAGAGCCUCCGGUGAACAUCACGGAGAACGGCUACUCUGAUAAGGUGCUGCUCUGCUUCCUCAAUGGGAACCAUUACGACAGCGUCUACCCGAUAUCUUCUGUCAAAAACGCUGCUAUGUGCCAGUCGAUCCUGUACGAGCUGCUAUAUGAACGUGUGUACGGUGUAGACCGGAGUGUGAUAACGCCAAGCCUGAGGGUGUCUAGAGCAAAGAGCGAGAUCAUCGAGACUGAGGAGCGUGAGAGCAGCGGGAACUCCGACCUGGACGAGGGAGAGGAUUUCUGGUCCAGUGAAGUUACAGGCAGGCCAGCUGGUGUGAGCAACAGGACAGCUUAUAAGGGUCGUGGGCGGGGCCAAGCCAGAGGAGUAGGGCGUGGCUGCCUACUUCGCAAGGUGCAGGACUCCCUGAGCCCCUCCCUCUUCAGGAAUGUGGAGUACGAAGCGUGGCUGCGCUCAAAACGAGUUCAGCAGAGGAGGGAUUUCUGCAUGGCAGCUGGGAUGCAUUACAAGGCUGGAGACAAGUGCGAGGUGCGGUUGAAUAAUACAGAUCGCUUCUACAGUGCCUACAUUCAGGACGUCAGCCCUGAUGACGGACCUGUAACCGUCUUCAUCGAGGAACUUGGAGAGAAGUACAGUGUUCCACUGUGGAAUCUGCGCACCCCUUCAGAAGACUCCUGGACCACAGUGACUGAGAAAAGCAAAAGACAAACUGCAUCCAGCAGCAACGGGCCCACAGAGCGUGACGCCAAUCCUGGGAGGAAGCCCGUGAGGUCAGUGUCACAUGGUCCAACAGAAUCCUCAGGCUCCGCCCCUGGCAACCGCGUACAACAGCAGCAUUCUUGGCCCCCGCAGGCCACCAUAGAUCCUCAGUCGCUAGGAAAGAAUGGCAGCAGCAGGAGGAGUGACCAGGGUGCAGGUGGGUCGUUCGUGCCACCUGUAGAGGAGAACGAACAAGCGCUGCUGGAGCUCCUGAACAAAGAUGAGGAGAAUUUCCCAACACUUGAAGCCAGUGCGCAGGCUGCUAGUGUUGAGGGGAGUAGAAGAGUUGAGAAGAAAGGCUCCCGAAAGAAAGCCAGCACAGAUACCAAAGAGCAAUCUCUGAACCCUGUUCACAAAGCAGAAAAAGGAAAACCAGCGAAGAGAGAUUCAGUGGAUCAUGACCAAAGAAUAUCUCCUCCCCCGAAAGAGGAACCAAAUCCUACACCUUCUACUACCUUACCUGCCCCUUCAGCUCCAAAGUCCACAAAAGCUGCCCCUGUGUCCACUAUAGCACCUGGCCGAGUUCCCUACAAAUCAACAUCAUCUUUGUCUGCUCGCAUUCCCCCUAUCCAAUCUCAAACUACCCCUCCUCCAUCUACAAGACCAUCAGUUUCUUUCCAGACUACCCCCAUCCAGUCUCCAACUGCUCCUGAUCCAUCUACAAGACCGCCAGAUUCUUUCCAGACUACCCCCAUCCAGUCUCCAACUGCCCCUGCUCCAUCUACAAGACCCAUAGUUUUGUUUGAGAAUACCCCUGUCGAGUUUCAGGCUGCCCUUGAGCCAUCUGAAGUGGUCCCAGUAUCUUCUCAGACUACCCUUGUUCAACCUCAAACUCUCCCUGUGCCUGCCAUCUCUGUACCUACCCCAGUAUCCUCUCAGUGUACCCCCACUCACUCUCUAACUAUGCCCAAGCUCAUCCCUGGGACAACACCUGCAUUACCCCAGAACUCCUCCCAAACAAUUCAAUCCCAAGUCUUGGAUCCGACUGCACCGGUAACUACCCCUGUGCCCCUGAACCCUGUUCCAGAAGCUACUACCACUCCUAUCCCUUCUCAAAUGAACACAAUACCUUUAUCUCCAGUCACACCUGCCCCUAACCCUGUAUCUACCCCAUUAUCCUCCCCUUCCUCAUUUCAGACUUCUCCUGCACCCACUCAUGCCCUUUCCCAAACUACCUCAGCAACCACCCAGGGUCCUGUCCCGGCCCCAUCUCCAAUAACUUCUGCUGCUGAAGUGCCUGGUUCAACUGAACUUUCUGCUGCCUCAAAAUCUCCUCCUGCUGAGACAGCAUCUGAGCUGUCUGAUCCAGCUGGUGUACCCACUCCUGUCCAUGUCCCCAACUCCAUUACCUCUCCUGCUCAACUAGCCCCUUCUCUUGCCCCAUCUUACUCUGUUGGGUUUGGGCCUCAUCUGCAUUAUCCACCUUACCCCCUAUAUCCUGGCCCUGUGCCAUCUUUAUCUCCAAAUAUAUCCGCCCCCAUGCCAGAUCCCGGUCUUCCUCCUGCUCUCCCAACUCCACCGUUCUCUCAUGCUGCUGAGUCCUACUUGUAUGAACCUGCGGUCUCACCUGUUGCAGCAGAUCCCCCACCCCAGCAGUCUGUCACACUCGCGCAGCUUUGCCAAGAUAUGCUUUACCCCGGUUUUCCCCAGAACGACAAGGAUGAACCUGCCCAGCUCCCACCGUUCUCCCAUGACAAUACUGGAAAAGACCUGCCAAGCGAUACAAGUGUCCUUAGAUUCUUCUUUAACCUUGGGCGUAAGGCGUACCUGUAUCCUAUGUUGCCUCCGGUUACCUACCUGGCACCACUGAUUCAGGCCUACAACCAUAUGCAGCUUAAAGUCUCUCCUUCUCCUGUACCCUGGCAACCAGACGACAACUCUAGACCGAUUUUUCAUCCCCCCAACCCUUCCUCUGCUGGGAGAACUCCUGUUAGUCAUUUUGAGGUAAGGGGUGUAGUCCGCACCCCUUCUCCGAUGGAAGUCGGGGCGUUCAGCCAUCAUUCGCUGCAUAUGCAGAUGCCAUUGCCCAUUGCCUCCCAUCACACCGUAUAUACAGUGCCACCUGCUGGUCCAUCACUGCAGUACUCUGCCCAUCCCCCCUCUGGAGGGCCUCAGCAUCUCUCCGUCCCCCCUCCUCGACAUUAUGGGAUGGACAGCCCCAUGCUGACACGGCCACCGAUAAUGGAAGAUCAGGGGAGUCAGAGGUCUUUGACACCACAGGUAGAAAAACCAUUUUGGGUAGUUCAAGGUCAACAACAUUCAGAGGGUGGAGAUAUCAAGCCAGGAGCUGUCCCUGUUACCAUGGAGAUGCAGCACAGUAGUGGAGCUCAAGCAGUUCUAAGUGGUGAUGUGCCGAGUCAAGGGUCGGAGCCCACAACAUUGGCCAAUGGAAACAGACGAGAGAAGGGUGGCGGUUUCAUAGGAUCCUCGUUGGAAGACUGGGAGAUGGAGAAGGCGGAGUUUGGUGACGCCGAUCUUAAAACUAGGCGGAGCUACCACAGUCAGUCGUACAAACCCGGAGUUAGGCAUGGCCAGGAUGACCGAGGAGGAUUCAGGGGGCGUGGCUCACGAGGCAGGAGAGAUUAUACAGCAUGGGGAAGACACGACGGCCAGUUGCCUUACCACAGAGGGUCUGGUGGGAAGAACAGGGGACGGGUCUACAGUAACACCAAAACCACAGGAUACCCAGGCGGGCAGUUCGCAUCCGCACCCCAAAGCUGACAAUUCACUAGUUUCUUUUACUAUCAAUUCUCUUAUUGGGUAAGGUGGUUUGUUUUUAAAACUUUUUUUUUUCUUCCUUAUUUAAAAUGAUUUUUUUCCGCUGCUGUGUGUUCCCAGAAAGGCGUGGUCACUCUGUAUUUAUAAGUUUGCAUGUGUAUUAAAGGUAAUAAGUGCUUGAAGCUGUGGGUGAUUUUUUCGCCACACAGUGAAAUAUGGAGACGAACACCUUUUUGGACGGCGCUAACCACGCACUGUAUCCCCUCACGUGAAAGCAAUGACUGCACACACACUUCACAUUCAUUUCACUGAGGAUGUGACGUGACUAUUGAGACUGCACCUGAAUCUCGCUUAUGAGCUUUUUUUAUUGGUUGUUUGAACCUUAGACAUCAAUCAGCCAUGUACCAGGAAAACGCCAUGACUCCAAGACCCUGUGUUUGUCAACAGAUAUAUACUGUAGAUUUUGUUGUGUGUGUGGCUUCUUUUUAUUUUUAUUCUCGACUUGUGAAAGAGUGAUUUCUACAAAAAAUUCAAACUUACACAAUUAGCCACCUCCAAAUGUAGCCCAUCAGCUAAUACAAUAUCCCAUGUUCGUGUCUUUUGAAUUCUGCUUUUUUUAAUUCGAUUUUGGAAGGAGGUUGAGGAAAGAAAACACCCAUUCUAAGUCCAAGGUUCACUGUAUAGCCAAAUGUUUGUGGACACUUGACUAUUACAUCCAUUAUCUGGGAACCCAGAGGCCCAAACCCUAUUCCAGCAUGACCGUGCCCCUAUGCACAAAGCGAGCAACAGGAAGACAUGGUGUAAGUUUGGAAGACGGUAGAAGAACUUGAGUGUCCCGUUCAGAACCCCGACCUCCACCAUACCGAACACCUUUGGGAUGAACUGGAGCCUCCUCGACAUCCCCACCUGACCUCACUAAUGCUUUUGUGACUGAACACACAUCUGCUCUAAAAUCUAGUGGAAAGCCCUCCCAGAAGAGUGGAGCAGCAAAGGGAUGUUCAACAAUGUCAUAUGGGUGUGAAGGUCAGGUGUCCACAAACCUGGUUGACGUAGCUAACGGGAAAAAAUCUUUUCUGCCUCAAAUCACAUCCAGCAGAACUUCCUGUAUCUAUCAACAUGAACUAAAUCUGUGUAGCUGAACACUGGAGUGUGACGAGGGCCGGCGUCUGGAACAACCUGACCAGCUUUGCAUCUUCUAAAGUUUAAAAUGGAUGUCAUUUGAAUCGUGUGUGUGUGUGUGUGUGUAUUUAUAUUCAGUGACUUUUGGCAGAGAGAUUUCAUUAUGUGUUCGCGCAAAUCCAAAGCUUCCCAAAGCAGGGUAAGUGGCGACAUGGUGUAAGUUCGUUUGUUUGGGUUUCUUCUUUUUGGUCCGAAUGACACUUUUAAGCACACACGAAUGUUUAAGAUUUCAUGACUCGUUUUUUAUGCUACUGUCUGUACAUUAUCCUCACCUGCCAGCUUACGCUGCUUAGAAUGAGAGCUUCAUGCACUUUUAUUUAGAAUCCGACAGCAGAUUUGUGCGGAUCAGGAAACACGGAGCUGCAGGACACAUGGUCUGAAUUAAAGCCUAGUGACUGCAGUUCUCUCUUUUUUGCUAUAGUUCUCGUGUAUAGUGCCUUAGACUUUAUGGGUUCUCACUUGUUUAUGCACUUGUGGUGAAAGUCAACACGCAGGUGUUCUAAAGAAUGUUUCUGAGCAGUUUUGAAAUUGAGUGCCUACGUUUUAUCACGUAACCAAAGAUGUGACUGGAUGCAAUUUUUGAUAUAAAACAUUAAUAAAGAGAUGUCUGCUUUUCUCAGAA